UCUAUCUUAUCCCCACUUUUAAUUCGUGCGAAAAGACAGGUAGCUGUGUAAUCAUCAUCUUCAUCGCCACCAUUCAUAUACCCACAUGCAUUCAUACCAUCAAAAAUGCCACCUGCAAGGCCUGAUAUAAUCGCUGAAGGCAAACAUGACGUUCCAUUUCGGGAAAAGAGAGCUUGUUCCGGAUGCAGAGCGAUCAAAUCAAGAUGUAUGAUUCAAGAUGAUAGUCAAUCUUGUUCUCGUUGUACAAGAUUAGGAAUCGAGUGUAACUUCUUGGAACAUCAUCGGGGCGUAAAGAGUAAAGGUGUCAAAGAUGAAAGCGGACAUCGCGGUCAUCCUGCCAAAACCUCCGUUUCCAACAAAAGAUCACCCGCUUCUUCUAGCAGUAGGUCACCAAAACGACAUACAUCGUAUGCUGUCCAACCCUUUUCUAUUCAAUCUAUGCUUUCUGUAGAUCCCUCUCAUUCUACCUUGCUCUCCUCUACUACAUUCUCCAAUAUGCAAGAAGAUGAUGCAGGUCCAUCCAAUGGAACCGCAAAGAAGCCAAUGGUAUCACACGACAGUAUUGAUGAAUCUCAAUUCAUCGUUGAGCAUAUCCUCUCAACCGAUAUCAUCACCCGCGACCAAGCAAUUGAUCUAAUUUCCUUCUACUACUUCAAAUUGAACCCGAUCAUCGCCUUACUCGAUCCGCAAUUGUAUAGCACUGACGCACUUUUAUCCGACGAUCGUCAUCGAUUUUUGUUGGCAUCUUUGUGCACCGUUUCUGCUAAAUUUUGUAUGCCUGAUAAAUACCUUCGGUUGUUGUCAUUCUUGGAAGCGCCCUUGGCAAGGAUCUCGAGUCAAGAUAUUGCACCUAAGCAUGACUACGUUCUCUCAUUGUCAAUUCUGGCAAUGUGGAAGCAUCCACAAGAUGGCACGAGCUGGCGAAAGUUACGUUUAGCAGUGACGAUGGCGCUUGAGCUCGGUCUACAGCAUACAUUCAACGAAGUGUUUAUCAGUAGCGCUCGAUCAUCAGGUCCACGCAAAAAGCCACCACCAAGAGAUUUCGUUCAGAGACAGAGAACAUUUUUGCAAUUAGCAUGUUUCGAAGAUGGUUACCAGGAUCAACGUAGGAUUCCCAUGGCGAUCGAUCGCUCCCUUCUUCCAGAACCAUGGCAGUGGAUCGAAUGGUUGGGCGAUCAGGUACAGGAUAUCGAUAUUCGACUGGCAGCUUCCCGCGAGAACGCAUUAGUCAAACAGAAUUUGAUGCGAAAUCUCAAGAGAGAUGCUGGAGUAGGACAAGGAAAUAGUGGAAGCAUCAAAGGUGCACUAACAAAAGCCAUUGCCGUUCGACGAAUUCAAGAAAUCGAAAUGGCAAUCGCAGCAGAAAGGGCGAAUACACGGAUAUGGAAACAACCUUCAGAAUACGGAUUGGGAAGUGGAAGGAUGCAUUCUGGAAGACCUUGUUUGUUGUUCCAUACAGCAAAUACGAUGUUCAAUUAUCAUCGUGCGUUGUAUUCGGUUUAUUGCUCAAACGUGAUGAAAGAUUUGGAUCCUGCACGGAAGCAGAGUGUAUUCUUGGAUUGCUGUCGAUUAUCUGUGGAGUUGUUUGAGCUGAUCGGAGGACCUUAUGGUGAACAAGACUACUUUCGAUUUGUUCAUGAUAUCGUCAUUAUGAAUCUUGCAGUUGCCGCCGUCUGGAUCAGUGAUAAUUGGCGUACUAUGCCUGCCGAUUUGGCAUUACAAGCAGCUCUUGCCGUUACAACUGCUGCCAAUACCACAGCAUCUUGUUUGGACAGAAAUUUGGAACAAGCUUCUUACCUAGCCAAGUUCUUGGCCUACUGUUCGGAAAAGAUCAAUCUCUUGCAAACCACAAAUGGAUACGUUAACGGGCAUCAAGGACAAAUUGCACAACCGGACAAUAAUACCGUGCUGCAACCCAAUGGAGUUGGAAUGCAACAAUUGAUGUUUGAUUCAAAGCAUGUUCAAUCACCUUCAGGUCCGAUGGUAAUAGGAAAUGGUAGCUUGCAGACAGCAGCCGCUUCUGUCUCGCCAGAAUCUUUGUCGCUUUUCGACAUGUACGGAAAUAGUGGAGAUCCUUCUUUGCAGUAUUUGCAGGAUCUGCUUUCGGUUCCUUGCGUUCAGAUGGAUGAAGCAGACGGUCACAAUAUCUUGUCCUUCUUUUACGACGAACGAAAGAGGCAGCCGUGAUGCUGCAUGCAGGGAUCCUUUGUCGACAUAUA